AUGGCUUAUUCGGUCCUGGAGCCUGCUGUACCCUUCACACUACACGUUGGGGACGAUGAAUGCCUCCAGCUGAACCAACUCCUACAGCUCUCCCGGGUUAUGCCGAAAACUUGGGAGAACCAGCACCAAGGCCGUAAAUACGACAUUACGCACGAAUGGCUUCGGGCUCAAGAAAGCUACAUUAACAAUUCCCCAAACUAUCGAAUGCUGGUCAACCACCCGAAAGGUGACGUGACUGUACACUUUGCCGCUUUGUUCUCCAAGGAUCUUCAAGCAAUUCCAAUUGUGCUCUUACAUGGCUGGCCCGGGAGCUUUUUGGAGUUCUUGCCCGUGUUGGAACUUGUCCGCAAGAAGUACACGACAGACACACUGCCGUACCACUUCAUUGUACCAUCUUUGCCGGGCUACACGCUCAGUUUGUCUCUGCCGGAAGACCAGGAGUGGGUGGCCGAUGACACAGCGCGAGUGAUUGACCAGACUAUCAAAAAUCUCGGCUUCGACAAGUACAUUGUACAGGGCGGAGACGUUGGAAGUCUCAUUGCGACGAUGAUGGGCACGAAUCAUGAUUCGGUGGUUGAAGUACAUCUCAACUUACUCCCAACCCUGGAUGCUACCAGCCCAGAGGAUCCCAUUCUUAACGACACUGAGAAGGGGGCUGUGCAGAGCGCUAUUAAGCGCAGCUCCGUAACGGCCGGUGCAGCUAUGCUGCAAAUCAAGAAGCCUUCGACUGUUGCUGCUGUCGUCUCGUCGAACCCUAUUGCCCUCUUGGCCUGGAUCGGUGAGAAGAUGCUUGAUUGGACUGAGGAGGAUCCCGACUUGGACCAUAUCCUUACCAACGUGUCUUUGUACUGGUUCACUAACUGUUUCGCUCACUGCAUCCAUAUAUACUGA